AAGAGUGCUGAAGCAAUCAAGAAGAUCAUCGGGCAAAAGAACCUCAAGCUAGAUGAGUAUGAGAGAGCGAUAUCAAAGGAGGUUGUUCACCCAGACGAAAUCGCCGUCCGAUUUAACGACAUCGGGGGUCUGGAGUCAAUCGUAUCGUCUCUCCGCGAAACCAUAAUUUACCCUUUAAUCCACCCCGCUCUUUUCACCUCAGCGUCUCCCCUCCUCGGGGCUCCAAAAGGUGUUCUACUCUACGGACCUCCGGGAUGUGGGAAGACUAUGCUCGCUCGUGCGCUGGCCAAGGAAUCAGGCGCAACAUUCAUUAACGUUCCCGCAUCAACGCUCACAAAUAAGUGGUUUGGUGAGUCCAACAAGCUAGUCGCAGGUCUGUUCAGCCUCGCCCGGAAGGUCCAACCUGCGAUCAUAUUUGUCGAUGAGAUCGACUCCUUCCUGAGGGAACGCCGCGGAGAUGACCACGAAGUCAUGGGUAUGAUGAAGGCAGAAUUUAUGACUUCAUGGGAUGGCUUGACAUCGGGGUCUGACAGGAUACUAGUGCUCGGCGCGACAAACAGACCGGGUGACAUUGACCCUGCAAUUCUGCGGCGCAUGCCGAAGCGGUUCGCUGUGGCUCUUCCAGAUGCAGAACAGAGAUUCAAAAUUCUGUCUCUAAUGCUCAAGGACACGAAACUGGAUCCUCAGCUUUCCCUGCGCCUCCUUGCUUCUCAGACAACCGGAUUCUCUGGUUCUGAUUUGCGCGAAUUAUGCCGCAACGCUGCGAUGGUCCCAGUGAGGGAAUGUAUGCGCGCCAUGGAGCACGACGAAGAAGCGCUGAUGAAGGUCGAGAAAGAGGGCUUCACUAUGCGUUCGCUCACCCUCACCGAUUUCUACGACGCGGAAGGAUCGACGCUCCAACCACCCGAUCCAGAGGAUGAACCCAUAUCAUUGCAAGCAUUCAUCGACACUCAUCCGGAGCUGAGUCCACAGACAGACAAGGAUCUUGCAACAAAGGAAGCUCUGGUUAUCGAGGAAGUUUCCGAGUACGAGAGUGAUAACGAGUCAAGACUUCAAACCGAUGACGAAUCGACGGUACUUGGCGGCGACGAUGCAUCGGCACUGAAAGAUGAGAACAGUGGCGACUCAUGA